CCUGACUUUUCUAAACCAUUCGAGAUCAAGUGUGAUGCCUCUAGUGUAGGCAUUAGUGUUGUUUUGAUGCAGGAGAAGAGGCCAAUAGCUUUCUUGAUAUGAUCCCAAACGGAUCAAUCUACAAGUGGAAAUUGUUGAGUCAAGAACCCAAUUCAACUUGCUGGAAAGACCUGGGAUUUUGGUUAAGUGUGGAAGCUGUUUCAGCUAGCUCGAACCUGCUGGAAAAUUAAAAACUUUAAACGAAGUCUUUUCGCUAUUUUUUGGUUGAAGAGCUUUGGCUGACAAAACCAAGCUCGAACCUGCUCUUGUAUCGAUCAAUAUCGCCUUGAUCGUGGGCGAGCUUCGACAUAAACUCUUUCAGACUUCCUCCCGGUGUAGGAUUGCACAAGAGUUCCAUCCCUUUUCGUUUCAAUUGAUGUUGGCGGCUUGGUUUCGUCGACGAGUUGCCAGACUUAGCUUUUCAAGCUCGAAUUGUGAACUCAACACCUAGCUGGGUGUUAUUAAGUGGUAAUCAGACCCCAGUUCACCUCAAUGGAAAGACGGAAGGAGACAUUGCGGGAACGACGUGUUGGACGAGGUCCAAAGGUCCAGUUGAUCAAGACCAUGCCGUUCGACGGAAUCCAGAGGAAGGAGUCAAUUCCGACAAGCCAAAUCCGGAGGGUGUAAUCGCAAUGUCGGGACAGUUUAAUACAACAGAGUUUUUACAGACCAUCACCGGGCAAAUUGGAGCAAUUUUCAAGACGCAAUUUGACAGAAUUGACACUCUCUCUCAGGCGCUACCAGAACUGGAGCGAGCAGCAGCAGCUCCUCGCGAUAGGGAGGCAGAGGCCGAACAGGGGCAAGGAAACCAAGAGCUUCUAGCUCAAAUCGAAGAGUUAGAACAACAGGUGGUGGUACACAAUCCUGUGCCUGUGCGUCGUAAUCCCAUCCUUUUAGAGAACCUUAAACGCGUCGACGUACCUCGAUUGGGAAUGGAAGAUCAUACUGUUCUUCCAGUGCAGUCAAUUCACUGAGCAACAAAAGCUAGCCAUGAUCACCUAUGAGUUUUUAGACUAUGCUGCGCAAUGGUUGGAGCGAUUGCAACUUCGUCGCCGACAGAAUCAGCAACUUCCAGUGACGACUUGGGACGAGUUGCGUGGUCUGAUGAGGGAACGUUUUGUUCCGAGCUAUUAUCACCGCGAGCUCCAUGACGCGUUGCAGGAAUUGUCAGGGCAUAAGGAAUGUCGAGGAAUACUUCCGAGAACUCGAACUACUCUUAAUGCGGGCUGAUGUACGAGAAGACAAGGAAGCGACUAUUUCACGUUUCCUCCAUGGUCUGAAUCGUGAAAUUCACCACAAAGUUGAGAUUCGUUCUUUUGUUGAUCUUGAGUAAGUGGUCCAUCUUGCAAUGAAAAUUGAGAUGCAUC